AUGCGGCGUUCAGAACGUCUUGAUCUUGUCGAGUUUGAUCCAGAGAUUGAACAAACCUUUCAUCAAAGGCGUCGUGAACAAAGAGCAAAAAGGGAACAACAGCAAGGCAUUAUGGCCGACAAUGAAAAUCAGCUUGUUCAAGUGGAGCGUACUGUUGAGAUCAAUGAGAGAGAUAUCUUGAUGGGGGAUUUCAUGAUGCCUCCAGUCGUUGAGAACCGGUCGAGCAUAGUUUAUCCUCCAUAUGGGCACGAUAACUUCCAGUUGAGACCAGAUGUGAUAAAUUUGUUCUCCAACAACAUUCCAUUCUAUGGGAGAAGUGAUGAAAAUCCACACUACCAUCUCUCUCGGUUUCUAGAGUAUUGUGGCAACUUUAAGUAUCAAGGGAUCAACGAAGAAGCAAUGAGGAUGCGACUUUUUCCUCAUACUUUGAAAGACAAAGCUCGGGAGUGGUUGGAUUCACUAUCACCUGGUAGCAUCACUACAUGGGCUGAUUUGGUUCACAAGUUCACACUUAAAUAUUUUCCACCAGCCAAGAUCAGCAAAUUAAAGCAUGAAAUUUCGACUUUCCAGCAAGCUGAAAUUGAGAACUUUCAUGAAGCAUGGGAACGGUACAAAGAAUUGCUAAGGAAGUGUCCAAAUCAUGGGUUUUCUUUACCAGCUCAAAAUCACUAUUUCUAUGCCGGGUUAACUCCUUACAGCCGUUCGACGGUUGAUUCUACAGCAGGAGGUUCUAUUAGAAACAAAUCGGCUGGAGAGUUACAUGAUCUUUAUGAAACAAUGAGUGAACAAUUUGUAAUGUGGCCGGAUAGAAGUUCAAAUAGGAGAGCAGCUGGAGUACACGAAGUGGAUAUGAAUACAUUGAUGUUGGCCAAGAUUGAUGCUCUUUCAAAACAGAUGGAAAACUUAAAAUACUCUCCAUCAGUUAACAUGGUGCAAGGAUCUCUUCCAGUUUGUGUAACUUGUGGGGCAAACCAUCUGUCAUCCGAAUGCCCAUUGACCGUUAGGGAUCAUUCACUCACAGAGCAGGCUGCUUAUGCGCAAAAUUUCCCACGUCAACAAAAUUUUCAGCGUCCACAAAAUAAUCCAUAUUCUUCAACAUACAAUCCCAGCUGGAGAAACCAUCCUAAUUUUUCAUAUGGCAACAAUCAGGGAGUUCAAAACCCACCAAAACAAGGAAGACCACAUGAAGAAAAAGGAGGAUGGGAAGAAGCAAUUUCAAAACUUCAAGAACGAAGUGAGCGGACCGAUGCAGCCAUAAAAAAUAUAGAGACUCAAAUUGGGCAGUUAGCUAAAAUUCUUACUGAGAGACAACAAGGCACAUGGCCAAGCAAUACUGAAGUUAAUCCUAAGGAGCAAGCAAAUGCAAUCACUACAAGGAGUGGAGUGCAACUCCCGGAAAUCCAUGUUAAAAGACCAAGUGUGGAAAAGAAAAAUGAUGCCGAAAAGAAGAUAGCAACUGAGAAUAAGGAGCCCGAAGAUAUAGCUGAACAAGAAAAAGUGGUUUCAUCACCAAUCAAGCCUUAUGUUCCACCAAUUCCAUUUCCUCAAAGAUUGCGCAAGCACAAGUUGGAUAAACAAUUUGAGAAAUUUUUGGAGGUGUUCAAGAGGCUACAUAUCAAUAUCCCAUUUGCUGAAGCUCUGUCUCAAAUGCCCAGCUAUGCAAAAUUUAUGAAGGAGAUUCUAUCAAACAAGAGGAAGCUUGAGGAGCAUGAAACCGUGAUGCUAACAGAGGAGUGUAGUGCCAUUUUACAAAAUAAAUUGCCACCAAAGUUGAAAGACCCAGGGAGUUUCACCAUCCCGUGCACCAUUGGCAGCUUAUAUUUUGAACGAUCCUUAUGUGAUUUGGGUGCUAGCAUUAAUUUGAUGCCAUUCUCUAUCUUUCAAAAGCUUGGUUUAGGUGAAGCAAAACCUACAGGGGUGUCAUUGCAGCUAGCGGAUCGGUCCGUGAAACAUCCACGUGGAAUUGUUGAAGAUAUCUUGGUAAAAGUGGACAAGCUUAUAUUUCCAGCAGAUUUCAUUAUUUUGGAUAUGGCUGAAGAUAGGGAUAUUCCCCUUAUUUUGGGGCGACCUUUUCUAGCUACUGGACGAGCUCUUAUUGAUGUGCAAAAAGGACAACUCAUGUUAAGGCUGAAUGAUGAGCAAAUCACUUUUAAUGUGUUUGAAGCACUGAAAUUUCCUACGGCUUCAGAUUCUUGUUUUCAGAUUGAUACUUUGGACAAAGAGAUAGAAAAUACAUUCGCUUUGAAUCAACCAUCAGAUCCUUGGGAAGCAUGUGUGAUGCACUCACAAGUUGAAGAUACCGACUCGGCUACGAUUGAAGAAUGUGUCAAAUAUUUGCAAAGAUCUGAACUUAUUCAAAAGGGAAAGCAGUACAAAGCAUUGGGCACGGGACCUCCACGACCUUUACCUUCCAUUCAACAAGCUCCGAAAUUAGAGCUAAAGCAGCUGCCAUCCCAUCUUCGGUAUGCCUAUUUGGGUGAGUCCUCUACUCUUCCAGUUAUCAUUGCUAAGUCCAUUAACCAAGAAGAAGAGGAAAAGUUACUCCGGGUGCUUCGGGAACAUAAAUCAGCUCUUGGAUGGACUAUAGCUGAUAUAAAAGGUAUUAGCCCAUCUCUUUGCAUGCACAAGAUAUUAAUGGAAGACACUUACAAGCCGGUAGUACAACAUCAGCGACGGCUAAAUCCUCAUCUACAAGAAGUGAAGGGAGGUAUUACAGUGGAAAAGAACGAAAAUAAUGAGCUCAUUCCAGUUCGACCUAUUACCGGAUGGCGGGUUUGCAUUGACUAUCGUAAGUUGAAUGAUGCAACACGAAAAGAUCAUUUUCCCCUACCAUUCAUUGAUCAAAUGUUGGAGCGCUUAGCAGGUCAUUCCCACUAUUGUUUCCUUGAUGGCUAUUCGGGAUACAAUCAAAUUCCAAUAGCUCCAGAAGACCAAGAGAAGACAACGUUCACUUGUCCAUAUGGUACAUUCGCCUACCGACGGAUGCCGUUUGGUUUGUGCAAUGCCCCUGCCACUUUUCAGCGGUGUAUGAUGUCAAUCUUCUCUGAUAUGGUAGAAAGAUUUAUUGAAGUGUUCAUGGAUGAUUUUUCAGUCUUUGGUUCUUCAUAUGACGAAUGCUUAAAAAACUUGACACUUGUUUUGAAGCGUUGUGAAGAAACAAACUUGGUGCUCAAUUGGGAGAAAUGUCACUUCAUGGUCCAAGAGGGAAUUGUAUUGGGACACCGAAUUUCAGUUAGGGGUAUUGAAGUUGACAAGGCAAAAAUUCAAGUGAUUGAGAAGCUUCCUCCACCCACAUCCGUCAAGGGUAUCCGCAGUUUUUUGGGACAUGCCGGUUUUUAUAGACGAUUUAUUAAGGAUUUCUCCAAGAUUACAAAACCUUUAUGCAACUUGUUGGAGAAGGAUGUAAAAUUUACAUUUUCUGAGGAGUGCCUAAAAUCAUUUACCACUCUAAAGGAAAAGUUAAUUUCCGCACCUAUUAUUGUGGCACCAGAUUGGAACAUGCCGUUCGAAUUAAUGUGUGAUGCUAGUGACUAUGCAGUUGGGGCAGUGUUGGGACAACGAAGGGACAAGGUCGUACAUGUGAUUUACUAUGCAAGUCGGACUCUCAAUGAUGCCCAAAUGAACUAUGCCACAACAGAAAAAGAGCUAUUAGCGGUGGUCUUUGCUUUCGAAAAAUUUCGAUCAUACCUCAUUGGUUCAAAGGUGAUUGUUUAUACUGAUCAUGCCGCACUGAAAUAUUUAUUUUCAAAAAAAGAGGCAAAACCAAGACUAAUCCGCUGGGUCCUACUUCUCCAAGAGUUUGAUUUGGAAAUUCGAGAUAAGAGAGGAUGUGAGAAUGUGGUAGCCGACCACCUCUCAAGAUUGGAGCAACAAAAUCAAUCCGAAACAGGGGAUAUUAAUGAAAAAUUUCCAGAUGAGCAACUUCUAAGAGUGGAACGAGCAAGCAGCGAAACAGAGGUACCAUGGUAUGCCGACUAUGUCAAUUACCUUGCAAGUAACAUUGUACCUCCUGAUUAUGAUUACCAUCAAAGAAAAAAAUUCUUUUCGGAGCUCAAAUUCUAUUUUUGGGAGGAUCCCAUCCUUUAUCGUAGAGGAGCAGAUCAAGUAAUCCGGAGGUGUGUUCCAGAAGAUGAGAUGGAGAUGAUCUUAGAGCAAUGUCAUGCCUCCCCCUAUGGUGGACAUUUCGGAGCAACAAAAACAGCAGCUAAGGUACUCCAAUCUGGGUUUUAUUGGCCAACUCUAUUUAAGGAUGCUCAUACCUUGGUACAAAAAUGUGAUAAAUGCCAAAGAAUGGGGAACAUCUCCAGGAAGCACGAGAUGCCCUUACAUGGCAUUCUUGAGGUUGAAUUAUUUGAUGUUUGGGGCAUUGACUUUAUGGGGCCGUUUCCAUCCUCAUUCUCCAAUUUAUACAUCCUAGUGGCAGUGGAUUAUGUCUCCAAGUGGGUCGAAGCAGUAGCACUACCAACUAACGAUGGCCGAGUAGUGGUAAGUUUUCUGAAAACGAACAUCUUCACUCGUUUUGGAACUCCUAGGGCCAUUAUCAGUGAUGGCGGGAAGCAUUUUUGUAACCGGCAUUUCGAAGCUCUUUUGGCGAAGUACGGGGUAAGGCAUAAAGUUGCUACGCCAUACCACCCCCAAACAAGUGGCCAAGUAGAAAUUUCGAAUAGGGAGAUAAAGAAGAUCCUUGAGCUUACAGUGAGUACUUCUCGAAAGGAUUGGUCUAAGAAGUUGGACGAUGCAUUAUGGGCAUACAGAACGGCCUUUAAAACUCCGAUUGGUAUGUCCCCAUAUCGCCUCGUUUUUGGCAAAGCAUGUCACUUACCUGUUGAGCUAGAGCACCGGGCAUAUUGGGCAAUGAAGAAGCUGAACUUUGAUCUCAAGCAAGCUGGUGAGAAACGGUUGCUACAGCUAAAUGAAAUGGAUGAGUUCCGGUUGGAGGCCUAUGAGAAUGCCAAAUUAUAUAAGGAGAAAACUAAGAAAUGGCAUGAUCAGCAUGUAAACAGAAAACAAUUUGAGGUGGGGCAAAAAGUGUUAUUAUUCAACUCACGUCUCAAGCUAUUUCCAGGCAAGUUGCGCUCAAGGUGGUCUGGGCCGUUCACUGUUGUCAAAGUUUAUUCACAUGGCGCUGUUGAUGUCACUCACGACACCAAGGGUACUUUUAAGGUGAAUGGACAGCGACUCAAGCGGUACCAUUUUGAUGAAACGAGUAAAGAUAGUGAUGCUACUCAUUUUGGUUUAGUGAUUCACUAUCCAUGUUAG